AUGUCAGUUCAAUUAACUUAUAACAACUUAGGAGACUCAGGAUUAAAAGUUUCACCAUUAAUUGUUGGGUGUAUGGGUUUUGGUUCAAGUCAAUGGGCAGAUUGGGUCAAUGAAGAUGAAGAAGAAUGUAUGAAAAUUUUGAAAAAAUGUUAUGACAACGAAUUAAGAACAUUUGAUACUGCAGACGUUUAUUCGAAUGGUAAAUCUGAAAUUAUUUUAGGUAAAUUUUUAAAAAAGUAUAAUAUUCCAAGAGAUAAAGUUGUUAUUUUAAGUAAAUGUUUUUUCCCAGUUAAUGAAAAUGAUCCAGGUUUUAUGCCAAUGAAACCAAAUGAUUAUUCACCAGCUGACUUAUACAAUUCGAAAGGAUUAUCAAGAAAACAUAUAAUAGAAGCUGCUCAAAAUUCAGUUAAAAGAUUAGGUACUUAUGUUGAUGUCUUACAAAUCCAUAGAUUAGAUUCAACUACCCCAAAGAAAGAAAUCAUGAAAGCUUUGAAUGAUGUUGUUGAACAAGGUUUAACUAGAUACAUUGGAGCUUCAUCAAUGAAAGCAACUGAAUUUGCUCAAUUACAAUUUAUUGCAGAACAGAACGGAUGGUUCAAAUUUAUUAGUAUGCAAAAUUACUACAACUUGUUAUAUAGAGAAGAAGAAAGAGAAAUGAUUCCAUUUUGUCAAACCAAUGACUUUGGAAAAGUUGCAAUAAUUCCUUGGUCACCAUUAGCUACUGGUGUUUUAGCUAGACCAGCAAAUGUUAAAUCAGAAAGUAAAAGAGGUGAUGAUGAUGGAGGAAUUUUGAAAAUGCUAGGAUUAGAUAAUUUAAAAGAUAAUGAAAAGGAAAUUUUGAAUAGAGUUGAAGAAUUAGCUAAAAAACAUGAUGUUAGUAUGGCAGUUAUUGCAAUUGCUUGGGCUUUGAAAAAAGGUUGUAAUCCAAUUGUUGGUGUAAGCUCAGUUAAACGUGUUGAUGAUAAUGUUAGAGCUGCUAAUUUGAAAUUAACCGAUGAAGAAGCUAAAUAUUUAGAAGAACCAUAUCAACCAAAAAGAGAAUUAGCCUGGGUGUAA